AUGGACAGUGAGAGGAACGCGCUGGUGCUUGACGUCUUCCCGCGGCUGCGUCGCUGGGCGGUGGAGGCCGGGCUGCGUGUCAACAUCCUGGAGGUGGACCUGCGCUGGGGCAUCACCGAGGACGCGUCGAGCGCCAACCUGUCCCUCUCCGUCUGCCUCAAUGAGGUCUCGCGGUGUUCCCCGUUUUUUCUGGGCGUGCUCGGUUCCCGCUACGGGUACUGCCCGCCCACCUUGUUUCACCGUGUCGACGAGGACGUGGACGCGGAGGACUUCACGUGGCUGCAGCAGCUCCCACAGGAAAACCCGGCGCGGAUGUCGGUGACGGAGAUGGAGAUGCGGCACGCACUGUUCACCGCGGCGCGUCGCACAGGGCAGGCCGUGCCGCGCACCAUGGCCUUCUUCGUGCGCGACCACGCCGCGUUGAUGGCGUCGUUGGCCGUGGAAGACCGGGAGGCGUACGCCCCCGACACCCCGACGACGAUGCAGUCGCUCUCAAGGCUUUCCGGCUACCUGGAGGCGCAGGGAGCCGCGGUGGUUGCCUACACGGCAACCGGCACCAGCUCGGGCUCCGGCCCCUUCUCUGCCAUCUCGAUGCCCUCCACCAAGAAAUCCGCGUUGCACGUGCCGCUCGACGUCACCGACUUCGCGCGCAAGGCGUUCGUCGCGCUGAAGUCUAUUCUUUUGCGGCACUGCGGCCUCCCUGACGACGCCGGGGAGUCGCUGCGGAGCCUGAGGGAGCACGCCAAUCAAAAGCUGCAGCCGCAGCGCCAGGGUGGCGGCGUUUUGAAGCGAACAGACAACGGCGGGGCGCUGUACGAGGAAGAGUACAUGGACCAGAUCAGCUUUGCGACGACCCUGCUGAAGACCUUCGUGCCCCCGAUGGGUCUCCUGGAGAAGUUGUCCCUCUUCGCCCUCGUGGGUCGGCUCCCGACCGAGGCCGGCGCUUCCACGGCGACUACGGCUGAAAGCAGCUUGACAAACAUCGCACGCGCGCCUGACACUCGAGACCGCGACAAAACCCCCAACGUGCUCCUCUUGCAGGGCUCCGAGGGAAAUGGGUUGUCCGCCGCAGCCGCGGCCGUUGCGGCUCACGUCGCCCACUUGGAGGAUCCGAACGUUAUGGUCCUGCACUUCGCCUGUCAAGCCAGCGACGGAAGUCUGCGGCGGUUGGUGUACUACCUUGCCUUUUCGCUGGUGUACCGCCUCCGACUGGAGGAGGACUUCUGUGUGCGGGAGAGCGACUCUGUCACGACGCUGCUGCCACUCCUGCCGCGCGUGUACGCGGCGGCGAUGAAGAAGAAGCAGGUGUGCGUCAUCCUUGACGGCCUCGACAAGUCCUCCUUCGCGGCGGAGAUACUACGCAACCUUGGCUGGAUUGUGCCUCCCGGCACCGCGCCGGAGGUUCGCUUCCUGGUCACGACCACGCCGAGCAGCCCCUUCGCCGCCGCGCUCAAGUCGCGCAUGCUGCCGGCGUUGAGCCUCACUUUGCCCGACUUGAGCCUGUCAGAGCGCGCCGAACUCGUGCGUCGCCACCUGGCCUCAUACGGCAAGCGGCUGCAGGAGUCCUUCCGCGUGAACGAGCUCAAGCUGCUGCUGCGGAAGACGGACGCCAAACAGGCCUCCUACCUCACCUACGCCAUCACCUACCUCCGCCUCUUCAGCUUCUUUGACACACUGCGGGCCGACAUCGCCCGGCUGCCCUCCACCCUCGCCCAGCUGCACGCUGAAACGUACAAAAAGCUGGAGGAGCGGUUUGACGCGGAAACCUGCCGCGCGGUCCUUGUCUCCCUCUACCUCUCGCAGAGCCUCUCCGGGCUGAAGGAGCACAACCUCUACCGCCUCGUCUCCAACGUCGCCGGUGCCUCCCGCCUCGUCGCGCUGCUCACGGGGACGUGUCUGCGGGUGGCGCGCAAGCGCGUGCGGAUUGCGAAUGCCUCGUUUGAGGCCUCCAUCGCGGCGCGCUACCUUCCCCGCUCCUCCGACCUCGUGGACGCCUGCGCCAACAGGCUGGUGGCCGAGUUGUACUUCCGCCCGCUCGCCACAGGCGCGGGCCGGUAUGAGAUCCGCGAGAGCAUCCGCCUCGCCGUGGAUUCCAUCAAGCGUGGCCCGCAGGAGACGUGUGUGUUUCGUCCCCAGCGCUACUCGCCCUCGCAGCUCCUCGCCCUGCUUCACUUUGCGCUGCGCACGAAGGAGUACGACGCGUUUGCGGCGCUCGCCGCGUAUGUGCCUUUCAUUGAGUACCUCAUCGUGACUGCGACGUACCUGCAGCGGUUUAUGAAUCUGCUGUCGCAGGCCACGAUGGCGAACUCGCUGCUGGCGCGUCGACUCCACCCCAUCCUCGAGUUUAUGCAGAGCGAGUACCACGUCCUGCUGGAUCGCCCCAGUCUUUUGCGGCAGUGCAUCUGGAACUCGCCGGGCUGCAGUAAAAUUUUACACGGCCUCGACCACGACCGCCGCGGGGAGCACGAUGACGCGGGCGGCAGCAUCAUCCGUGGCGAGCGGAAUUCCACGACGUGGGUGCGGUGGAUGAACCCCAGCCAACACGGAGAGGAGGGACGCACCAUCACGUUUCCCUCGACCGAGCCGCUGCACUGCCUUGUUCUGAGCGAUGACGGGAAAUUCAUGGCCGCCGGCGGGGAGGACAUGACGGUGCGAGUGAUGCCGCAAGGUGCGCUGGAGCAGAUUACGGCGUCACUAAAUCACACAGCCCCCGUCACCGCCAUUGCGUUCCUGCCACACCAGUCGCAUAUUUUGCUCACGGGGUGUGGGCGCGGUGUGCUACGGGUGUGGAGCCUUGAGGAUAACAGUCUGUUACAGCAAGGGCAGGCGGGGCACACGCGAUGCAUUUCAUCCCUCGCCUGUCAUCCUACAAGCAGCGUUGUUUGCUCUGGCAGCCACGAUGGACGCUGUGCGCUGUGGCACGUUGUGAGCAGCGUGGCGGAGUCUGUGGUGCGGUCAAGUCUGCAGCCGAUGCAAAUUCUGAAGCAUCACACGGCGCCCGUUUCGUGUGUGGCGUACCACAGCUCGGGCGAGAUACUGGCGACGGGAUCGUGGGAGGGGCGUGUGUAUUUCAUUAACAUGGAGCGCAGCAUGGAGGAUGCAGGCGCGUCGGCGGCGCCGCUGGCGUACGUGCACCAGGUCCUGGAGACGCGGAGCCCUGUGCGUGGGCUUGCGUUCCUGCCCUCGAUGGUGGUCACGUGUGCCGUGGCGCUCUACAGUGGGGACGUAUGCCUCUACGACUACGCCUCCGCCUCCUGCAGUGCGCGGUUGGCGCUGCAUGCCGGCAUCCCCAUCGCCUCCCUUGCCUUCUCGCCGGACGCAAAGCUGAUGGCCUCGGCAAACGAAAAUGGAAACGUACGCGUGACAUACGCCGGCGUUGCGGGGACAGUCAUGUCGACGCUCAACGGCCAUCGCCGGGCUGUGACCAGUGUCGCCUUCCAUCAGCAAGAGCCCUCCACCCUCUUCACCUCCUCGGUGGAUAAUAAUCUCAAGGAGUGGUGCAUUGGCCAGAGUAGCGAGCCCCGCUACACGGGGCUGCGUGGGACGCACGCCAUGAGUGUGACUGCGUGUGCGGUGGCCUCGGAUGGCUCCUUCUUUGUCACGGGCGACAUGGACGGUACGGCGUUUGUCUUUGCAAGCCGCCAGGUCGUCGGAGGCGGGGCCUUUGAAGGCACCGGAGCCAAGGAUGACUUUUUUGUCCCCCAUUUUGUUCUCUCGCACGAGCACGACCGGGUCUCGUGCAUCCGCGUGGUGAUGCAAAACAGCCGCAUCCUCUGCGGGACGGCGGGCGGGGAGGUGUUUGUUUGGGCCGCCUCGCCCGGGCUCAACCACCGCGAGGGACGCCUGCUGCGGCGCAUUCGCGUGGCGGGCAAGGGCACGUACCCCGUUAUUUUUAUAGAGUGCGUGGAGGAGCUUGCGUCUAGCGUCGGUGGGGAGUGCCAGGAGGACGCGUUGAAUGCCUCAAAGUCUCACCGUCCCCUCUACGGGCGGGCCACGGCGUUGACGACGGAUGGGGCGAUGGCAGCAUGGGCGAUGUACGGCGACGACGACGGGCUCACGCUUGCUCUGGAAGAUAAAUCCUCCGAUGAGGCGCUGCACGGCGACGGCGAGGCAACGGGGACGAAUGCACACUCUGUCGCUUCGCAUCAGACGAAUGCGUCUUCGGAAGUUACCUUCGGCGCUGGUCCGGCCCUCCAUCGUGACGGGAGCUAUGUUGAGGAGGCGCUCUCCUCGUGUAGUGAAUCUCCUGGCAGCGGCAGUGAACAGUCUUCCCGAUCAACUCAGGAAACGCGUCGGGGUGACCAUGCGGCAGGUGUGCCGCAGAGGCGGGAGUCGGAUGGCGACAGCAGCACAACCGACGAGGCGCUGAAGGCGGCCCCGCAGCGCGCGGUCCUUCGGUGGGUGGAUCAAGCUGAAAGUCUUCACGGGGACGCGGGAUUGCGGCACGCCUCACCUUACACCCCGUCUACGAGCGAAAGCGCAUUUCCGAUGCUGCCGAAUGAUGCGGAGGAAAUAUUGGCAGCCGUCUCUUUCAUCAGCCGUAGUCAAGGCAGCCGGUCGGAGCUGAGUGCCUCGGGUGAGGCGACGGAGACGCAGGAGGCCGCCUCCAGUGCGCGUCAGCGCGCGGGGUUGCUGUGGGGGCACUACAUCGUUGUGGGUCGCUUCCGCUGCCAUUUGGCUCUGGCCGACCUCCAGCGGGUGGUGCUGCUGCCCGUGCAGGACCCGCUGCAACUGCUGUCUGCGGUUCGUGACGGUGCCUCGCCCUGCAACAGGACCAGCAGCGGCGGCGGCGGCAGCAGCAGCAGCGACAACAGCUACGCGCUAAAAAAGGGGGACUUCUUCCUUUGCGCGAGCGACUGCAUCCGAGUGAAGUCCGCUUGGGACGCGGAAGCCGACGACGACGACGACGACACCAACAGUUCCUCCGCCGUCCUCUUUGCCCUAGGCACAAACUCUGGCACGGUGUUGCUUCUCGAGGCCGCGUACGAGGCGGCGGACGCGGAAGACCUCUCUUCGGUGGACGAUGCGUCGCUGGCGAGCUUGGCGCUAAAGGAGCAGCGGCGUACGCGCCUGACGCUGCGGCACACCACAGACAUCGUCGGCAACCACGGCAAGCCAGUUGCGGUGGACUCCCUCGCCCUGACGGCGCAAGCCGCGGCCACGCAGGACUCCGGGGUGUGGCGGGAUGCACGGACCACGCUGCGGGUGGUGGUGGGCGGCCGUGACGGCUCCACACGCCUCUACACCGUCUUCCCGUUUCGUGACAUGGAAGAGGCGACCCCCGCGACAAGCGCCAUCUGCAAGGGAGAGGCGGGUGCGGAGAGUGAGAGCAAAAGGAACGGUGAGGAGGAGGAGGAAGGCGGUGACUCGGAGAGCGAGACGCAGGAUCUCAUGUGCAAAGAUCUUUGGAAUGAGCAGGGCAUCUUCUUUGCCUCAUCCGGCGUCACUGUCGUCACUGUGCUGCGGAUGCCUGGGAGCGCGCCCUCGCUGCGUGCCUGCAUGGGUGCGGCCGUGGGAAGCAGUGCUUUUCUGCCGCCCUCUGGCUCCCCAGAGACCGCGGCGGCAGCUGCGCCGCCGCCUCAGCAUCUCAUAUACAUCGCUGGUGACUGGCUUGGAAAUGUGUACCAGCUGCAACUCGAGCGGAAAGGCGAUGUGAAACAAAAGAGGAGCAUCGUCAAGCCGCUCACGGCUUCAUGUUGGAUGGCCGAACGCAAUUUGCCGGAUGCUCUUCACUGGUCGGUCGCCGUGGGUGCGGAGCGGGAGAAGAAGGGCUUGCAGGGGGAUGCCCUCUUUUUCCAGCCUCCGGAUCGCGCCGAGGAGGCUGCUGUGGCGAGGCGCGUGCGUCAAACGAUGGAGUGGCGUCGCGAAAAGCGUCGCAUUACAUCGAUGUUCUUGCCGCCCGCAGCAAAUCCAGCGGCGGCGUUGGCCAGCGGCGAGGCCGCCAGGGACUGCCCAAUAAAGUCAGGGCCCGUACUUCCACAAUUUCCCUUGGGUUCUUCUCCGUCUGCUGGCGCGGCUGCGGCAGCCGCUUUCGCGGAGGGUGUGCCGCCGUACGAGCGGAUCCUCGAAAAGAUGCCGGCCGGCUUGGACCCGUCGCAGCGGAGCGAGUGGCUGCAGCAGCGUCAGCGUCUUCUUGUGGAGGCACUGCAGGCGCAAAGGAACGCCGUGAAGGCACGUGCAGUGCUUGCGGAGUAUUCAAAGGAUACCUUGCUCUCCUUGGGAGCCUCGCUCUCGCUGUGA